AUGAAGUUUUCAGAUACUGUAAACAGAAUAAAUAAAGAAUAUUAAAGGCUUCAAAAGAAUCCUGUAGAAAAUGUUUUAGCAAUUCCAGAUCCUAAAAAUAUGUUUUAAUGGCAUUUUUGUAUUUAUGGGUUAGUUGAUUGUCCUUUUGAGGGAGGAAUUUAUCAUGGCAUAUUGAGUUUACCUCCUGAAUAUCCUAUGAAACCUCCUUCUAUUAAAAUAUUAACUCCCAACGGAAGGUUUAAAGAAGGGACAAACAUUUGCACAAGUUUUACUAAUUAUCAUCCAGAAUCUUGGUAAUUAACAUGGAAUAUAGAAAAAAUGUUGAUUGCGAUGAUUAGUUUUAUGAAUGAUAAUGAUCCAAGUGCUGGAGUUGUUCAAACAAGCGAAUCAGAAAAAAGAAGGCUAGCUAAAAAGAGCAUAAUUUGGAAUAUAAAAAAUGAUGAAGAGUUUGUUCGUCUCUUCAAGCCUUAUUAUAAAUAGUUAAAUAUAGAUCCUAGCCUGUUUACUGAUCCAUAAAAGUUGAAAGAGUAUGAAGAAUAAAUGUAAUUUUAGUAAUCAACAACAGACCAUGAAAAGAAAGUGAGAAAUUUUGAAAAAGUAUUAUUUUUUGGAGCCUCAAUCUUUUUGGUAAUGUGUUCAUAUUUGUAUAUGAAAUCAUUAAAAUGA